UGCAUGCAGCCGUUCAUGUCGUUUGGCGUGUCAGUCUUGCUUAACCGUCAAGUCGGAGAUCGACAAGACCUGGCAUAUCGCUUCGAUACAGACCUUCCAAGUACUGGAUAUCAAAUCAUAUCAACACCAGCCACCAACCAAUGUACAGGACUUGGUCGAUCACUCACUGUUCGUACUACGUGGUCCAUCUUUUUCAAAGGCGCCCGUGAGGCUGUGGCUAGCGCUUAAUCCUUGCCCUGCCCUUAACGAGGGAGAUAACAGAGUAGCAUCAGCAUGCCCUCAAUUCUACAAUCGCAAUGACUCUCCUGCAGGCCUACGCUGUCCUUGUAUACAUUCAGCUUGUUUGCGCCUCACUCCCGAGUCUCAACGAUACCAGUAUCAUCCAUACACUCGAUACCAGCGACUCCCCAUGCAGCAAUAGCACCAGAACCUUGUGGAACAUUCUGUUGAGCUGUGGCUUGACCCUUUUUGCAUGCACAUGGACUGCGAUCCAUACAAACAUUCCGGGCAUGGAGGAGAGCAGAGUCGCCAUUACCUCUCGUCGUGUGUUCCUCAUGGUCGCGGCGUUGAUCGCCCCAGAACUCAUGAUCACCUGGGCCACGCGGCAGUUUUUCAGCGCUCGUGCUACCGCAAAGAAAUUUAAUAAUGAAUUUGGUGCACAACGUGCCCAGACCCAUAGCGGCGAUCGAGAUAUAUCAGAGGGCACAGCUACAUUGUUCAGUGACAUUCGUGAAAGUUCAAGCACUCCCAGACCUGCAGAAGAGUUUAAAGAAUGGACAAUGACCCAUGGGUUCUUCGCAUGGAUGGGUGGAUUUAUGCUCUACGUUGAUGGCAAGCCGCGAGUCACUCUUACUCCCCAUGAACUCCUGGAGUUUGUUGGUGACGGAUACGUGGACAUGCCUCUUAUCUCGGAGGCAGAGAUAAACGAUCGAAGUAAGGGUGAUGGAUUAUCAAAAGCAAUCGCCCUUCUUCAGCUGGCGUGGUUUGUCGUCCAGCUCGUCGCUCGCUACGGUCAGAACCUUCCAAUCACCCUGCUUGAAAUCGACACUCUGGCUGUAGCAGCUUUGACCUGCGUUGCAUAUGGCUUGUGGUGGAAGAAGCCCAAGGAUGUGGGAUGCCCUUACAUCAUUCAUUGGAAGGCAAGAAUAUCACCGAGCGACUUAACCUACGACGAGGCAGAUGUGGGUUUCUUCCAAGCAGGCUGGGCACGCUCUUCGAUAUAUAUCGUGUAUCCCUUUGGCAGUCUUAUAGGCGUUAAUGUUUCCAUGUUCGACCCCGCUCCCCGUUCUCAUCAGGUUGUAUCUCUAGGUGGCUAUGGUAAGUAUCAUGAUAUGAUCGUACUUCUCAUUGGAUGUUUCAGUGGUAUGGUGUUUGGAGGGAUACAUUGUCUGGGCUGGAAUUACUUGUUCCAGAGACACGCAGAACACAUAUUAUGGCGUACGGCUUCCCUUGGGAUAGUAUGUGCACCGGUACCUCUCUUUCUUGCUAUUCGGUAUGCUAUGUGGAUGGGCAAUAUGGGGGAUUUUGGCAUGGCGAGCGAGAUACUCGUUCUGUUGAUCAGCCCCUUCAUAUAUAUUGUUGCACGCAUUACACUAAUUGUACUCAUGAUGCUGAGCUUACGAUCGCUGCCUCUUGGCGUAUAUGACACGGUAGCUUGGACCACGUUUAUUCCACAUUUCAAUAUGUAGUUUCAUUACAUCGUUGUAUCAGAGUACUGUUUUUUCUGGGAUCACUGUCAGAAUUGGAGGCCCGGGUGCGAAUACGGAUAAGUUCAACAUAGC